AAGAAUGUUUAUCUCAGAAUAAAUGUAAUAUUCUUCUCAAUGUCAAAAUACGGGAAACGGUGCCUUUUAUUCGAAUAUAGUAACUUGUAGGCGGUGGUUAAUUUGUUAACGCCAUUAAAUCAAAUCAACUGUGAAAUCAACGUAAAAUAAUGUUUAAGUGAUGUUAAAAGUAAUAGUUAAUAUGUUUAUUUAAAACGUAAUAACCGAAUUUUAUUUAGUAUAUUUUGUUAUUCCCGCAAUUUUUAUAAUUCCCAAUCACGAUGAGAUUUAAUAGUAAAGAGUUAAUACACGUCAGUCAUUCAAAUCCAGUUCUAGAAGGAAGAAUGUCCUAUGCCAAGUUAUCGAAUGGAUAUCCAACCAAAGGUUUUAAGGAGAGAUGGUUUAGACUUAAGCACAAUCUUUUGUUCUAUUUUAAAAUGAACAGUGUUGGGCAUGUUGAAUUGCAUCAGCCAGCUGGUGUUUUCGUUUUAGAAAAUUCCGUAGUACGGCUUGAAAACAACAUACCGGGUACAUUGUUCUCUUUUUCUUUAUCAUUCAACGACGAUCCUGAUAAAAAAUAUAUCAUCUCAAGUCAGUCGGAAGAUCACGUUCAUCAUUGGAUUAAAACCAUUCGAUGCGCCACAUAUGAAUACAUGAGAUCUCAAAUGUCAUCAUUGCAAAGUCAAAUUUUAACGCUAUCUGGAAAGGACCCUUUUUUGCUGUAUCCGGAAGACGGGAAAAAAAUUUGCCAGAGUAAGACGGUACGACAGGAAAAUUGCAGUAGACAACUGAAGCCCGCGCCUCUUCCUCCUCCGAGACACAAGCAUGACGCCGUGAAAGCAAACAAUUUUAAUCUGAUCGAACUGUGAGUUUUAUUGUACACAUUUCAUUAGUAUUAAGAUGGCGUGAUUUAAUUAUAAUAUUAUAUACCGUUAUUGUUUUGUAUUGUGACACCAUAAAAUGUGAAUUAUUAUUUCGCUCAGGUGUUUCUUUUGCUAAACUAACAAAAUAUUAUAGUGUUACACAGUUGUGCAUCACACAUUAUGGUUUUUGUUCUUAUUCAUCGUGUAGUCGAUUCUUUACUAUAAAGUAUGUAAUUUAAAAAAAUAUUUUUAAUUAUAAUAUGUACUACGGAGUUCUUAAGGCUUAAGUAUUCGUUUUCAAAUAAGAUAUAUUGUAAAACGAUGCACACGUUAAAGUUACCUUAGUAAUUAAUAACCUAUUUUCGUAAUUUACUAAUGUAUACUUGUGACAUUAUUGUAACUUAUUUCAUCGGACUAAACUCGGAGUUGUAUCAGUACCUAAUCUAAUGAUACUACUAAAUUAUAUGAUUUUUUUUCAAAACAUUGUGUUCUUUAAGUCGUUAGGCCCGUGUAUCUGUUAGGACCAGGGUCAGUUGUGAGCGAGCCUGUCGAAUUUUUAUUAUUUUUAAUUUUACGUCUCGCUCAAUUUCGCAUUUAAAACCUUUCCGUUAUGUGGUGGCAUAAUUUUAGUUGAACAAGCUAAAUUGGAAAUUGAAUGAUCGCCGCCAAACGAUAAAUGAGGCGUUUAUUAAACAGGUAAUAAGAAUGUGUUUUUUUUUCAUGCAAAAUAGCAACACAACGGCGGUUUACGCUAUUUACACACAAACUCGAAGUUAUUCCACAACUCGAGUGGUUUGACUGGUCUGCCUACAUUUCGAAAUACUUUCACAGCGCUGAAGAAGGAAUGUGUAAGUAUUCCGCAAUGUUUGCAGACCAGUCAAAUUACUCGAGUGGGAUAGUGUCCGCCUAGCUGUGUAAAUACGAUUAAUUUUUCAACACGAAUGUUGUUGGAUUUAUAAUAAAAUAUAUAUAAAUUAUGUAAUCUUACCACUCGUGUUGCACUCUAUUAAUAUAUUGUAUCGGUCGAUAAUUGUGUAGUGUGACAAACAAAUGUCGGUGAUGUCAACACGCUACAUUAAAGUAUGAAAAACUUUCAUAAUUGUAUUGUGUAUGUUAUUUUUUGUACUACUUGUUAAUUUAUAUUAUUUCGCUAAAGUAAAAUAUAUAAAACUGUUAUUUUUGAAAAAUUGUUAAUAAUUGUUGUUGUGAUAAUAAAAGGAAAUAGGUAUA